CGUUUUCUCAUUAAUUGAUCUAUUAGUCAUGCACAUUCAAGUCAUUCAACUCUGUUAAUCCAUCAAUCCCUCAACUAUUUACUUCGAUAAUAAUCAAGAUGGCGCAUCCAGUUUUUACCGUUGAAUCGCAAGAAACUAUCCAGAAAAAGGCUCAAGUCAAUUUGUUACCAUGUCGCAUACAUCACGAUGGCAAUAUCAGCCCCAUUGACACUUACUGGAGUCCCGACGAGGGUGAGGAGCAAACAAAAACUGCAUAUAUAAGAGGACGAAAACUUCACGGGAAAUCCGUGAAGUUACCUGAAGGAUAUUAUGGCUCCGUUGUUGAAAAGUCGGCACCGAAGAAACCCGAAGAGCCAAGGAGAGAAGACUUAGAUGAAGACGUUGAAAUACAAGAAGAACCAGAGGAUCAACUUGAAGUGGGCGGUAUGCAAGGAAAAGCGACAUUUGACGAAUUUACGAUCUGGGGUCAUGAAGCCUUAGCAAAUGCCAGUGAGGAUCCGUAUUUGAGAAGUAUGGAGGAAUGGAUAUCGUUUGCAGAGCAGAUACACUCGUAUACCCCUCCUGAACCCUCGAAGCCUCAAAAUUGAUUUAUGUCAUGUUAAUUACUUGAUCGGUUUCAUGGCCUAGCUGUCGCGUGCUCGCAUUAGUCAGCUUAUUGAUUAAGGGAUUGGCGUUUAAGGAGUCACUCAUGAUCUCUCACGGAAAAUUCACUUUUCGGGAACGAAAACUAGCACUUCCUAUGUCCUACAAUUUAAUUACUCGUUAACCGAGUAUAAAACAGUUAAUACCAAUUGUAUAGUGUACUGUAGCGAAAUGGAGGAGAAUAUCGAGGUGUAUCUAUUCUUUUGCUAUGCAUUACGUAAUCAAGUAUAUGGUUAGGUCAGCAACUUCAAUUGGCUGGUCACCCCUGCCAAUACAAGGAUUGCAGAUGCCGACCGCCGAUUAUCUGCUGCCUUAUCGUAGCUUUAAAUUGAUCUGCC